CUGCCGCAGUUGGUACUAGACUCUCGUGGGUUUUAUACCUGCUAAAUAUUGACCUAUACUCUUUACAUUAACGGUUGAUAAUGUUGCUAAAAUGUGUUCUCAUCACAACACUGCUGUGUCUUGCUUGGGAGGCUGAAGCACGACGAGGUCGAAACAGGCCAAGAACGAAAUCCAAGGUCCAAAUCGGGCUCCCUAUCACGGGUAAAUACCGUGACCCUGAGUCUGAUCAGUACUACAAUAACAACGAUGGCGCAAAAAUUUUACUAGCCUCGCACUUUGAUCUUGAGUACGUUUUGGGACACAAAAUUGCCUUUCUGUGCACCGCAAAAGGCACCCCGCGGCCGCAUAUCACAUGGUUUAAAGAUGGAAAUGAAAUAUUCGCACAUCACUACUUGCAUAUUCACGAAUGGUUUAUCGGCGACGAUCGCGUUAAGUCCAAGAUCGAAAUAGAUCCCGCUACCCAAAUGGAUGCUGGAGUGUAUGAAUGCACAGCAGACAAUAUGUACUCGAUAGAUCGUCGAUCUUUUAAGACGGAUUUCUCUAUUGCAUUUGAUUGAAUCCGUUGGUCUAUAAUAUUUUCGUUUGGAUAAAGUACAUUGAUUUUUAUAUUACACAUUGAACAAAGCUGUUUAUAUUAAA